UUCACUGCGUACUCAAUCCAGAAGUCGGAACGGUUAUUCUUUGUGUAAACAGCAAACAAAAAGUUUUAGCCUUUUUUUUUCUACCACAAACUGACGCAAUCCAAAUGGCUUCAAAAGGGGUUGAGUUGAGUAUGCUCUUGGUCCUUGCGAUGAUGCUUUUGCAUGGAGCCACAGCUCAAUCAGGCUGCACCACGGUUCUCAUGGGCUUAGCCCCAUGCCUAAACUAUGUUACGGGAAAUUCCUCAACCCCAUCAUCAUCCUGCUGUUCACAGCUUGCUACCAUUGUUCAAUCUCAGCCACAGUGUCUCUGUGCAUUGCUCAAUGGUGGUGGUUCAUCAGUGGGUGUUAACAUUAACCAAACCCUUGCUCUGUCACUUCCUGGAGCUUGUAAUGUGCAAACACCACCAGCUAGCCGGUGCAGUGCUGCUAAUGGUCCGGCAGCCUCACCAACGAGUCCUCCAGCAGAUUCUUCAGAUGAUACACCAUCAAUGCCAAGCAUUCCUGCAGGAAGUGCAUCCAAGACAGUCCCAACAGCAGAUGUCACAUCAGAUGCAAGCAUCACAGGAAUGCAACUUCAGCUUACUUUAUUCAUAAUUUCCAUUGCUUUAUGUGCUUCAAAUGCCAUCAGACUCUGAGCUUAUGAAUUUCAUUUCAUGCUCUUCACUUUCUUCAUUGUGCGAUGAAGAUCAACCGCUUCCAGAUUCUGACUGUGAAUCUUCCAGAGUGAUUCGUGGCCUGUCGUAGCAUUGAUUAUGAUUCUUUUAUCUGAUUCUGUACCAGUCUCUCAAAUAUAAUAAUUGCUUCUACUAGCAGGAGUGUGAUUGUAUUAUUAUUUGUUCGGUUUGCUCAAUGAAGAAAGAGUGAAGGGAUCUUGGUCUUUCUUAUGAAAA